GAAAGUAAAGUAUGCAUCUUACCAUAGAUGAUGUAUAUGGAAGAAUUGGACAUUUUGGAAACAGACAAAAGAUUUAUUUUUUUGUACUCUGUAGUCUCAAUGGAUGGUGUGCAUUCCAUCAGCUGUUAACUGUAUUUGUUGGGACUUCAAGGUCUACUUCUUCUGAGGGAGGGUUGAUUCAGAAAAGACUGCAUGCUAAGGAGGUGUCUCAUUGGAGUUUGUACCUGAAUGAAUACUGCUAACACUAACUUGAGAUGUAUAUAAGCCAGCAUGGGCUUCUUGCUAUAACUGAAUGAUAAACUGUGAUUUUUCUAACUUGAAGUGCAAUGACUUUUUGCAACCACUUGUGAAAGAACAGUUGUGUUAUUUCCAUACAUGCAAAAUACACGAAGUGACAAGAUAGAAACAAUUGAGUGAAUAUUAGGUGUACACACAUCAUUAAGAUUACCAUCAGCUCAUAAUCAUCUGUUCAGAAAACAAACACACUGAAAGGCAAAGUGAUCACUGUGCUGUUGUACAAUGCAAUAUACAGUGGAUGAUGUGUUUGAAUUGAUUGGACAGUUCGGAUGGAGCCAGAGAACAUACUUUCUCCUCUUAGGUAUUCUUCAGAUCUUCGUGGCUCCUCAAAUGCUCCUUAAUGUAUUCACUGGAUUAGAUCCAUCCUUUGAAUGUUAUGAGAAAAAUGCAAGUAGUACAGCGAAGCCUCUCAUUAAUAAGUGCAUUAACAAUGACCCACAAGAGUGCAGACUAUCCUACACAUCGGAGUACAAAUCCUUUGCGUCAGAGUGGAACCUGAUAUGCAGUGAGAAGUACAAAGUAGCAAUGGUUCAGUCAGUAUGGAUGGGAGGGGUCAUGACCGGCGCACUGGUACUUGGUAGUGUAGCUGACGUCAUUGGGAGACUCAAGACCCUCAUGGUUUCCAUCCUCGGAACCAUUGCUUUUGAAGGUUUCAGUGCCUUUGCCCCAACGUUAAUGAUAAUGAUAAUUCUACGAUUUUUAGGAGGAAUAUGCUGUGCCCUGGUGAUACUUGUGAGUUUUGUGCUUUCUCAAGAAUUGAUUGGAACCAGUUGGCGCAGCUUUUGUGGGAUGUGUGUAGCCAUGGUCUUUGCUAUAGGGAUUGGCAUCUAUUCAUGGCUGGCUUCCAUCAUGAGUGACUGGAGAACGCUAACUCUCGUCUGUUCAUUAUCGGGAAUCGUUUUCCUUUUGUUACCUUGUUAUGUUCCUGAGAGCCCACGGUGGUUGGUGACACAGGGCAAAAAUGACGAAGCAAAAGUUGUUCUAGAGGAUAUGGCCAAGAAAAAUAGAAAGAGCAAAGAACUGCCUAGUCACUGGGAGUUGAAGUCAAGCGGUGGGAAGAAUAAAGAGAAGAAAUCAAAUGGUGUCAGGGAUUUGGUCAGCCAUCCGUAUGUUCUACUUCUUACUUUAAUCCAGAUAUUUUCAUGGUUUGUAAAUAGUUGUACCUACUAUGGGUUGACAAUGGCUGCCAGCAACCUUGGAGGAGAUGUGUACAUUUCUACAGCUCUUAGUGGAUUGAUAGAGAUUCCAGCAUGUAUCACAGCUGCUGCAGUUAUUGAUAGAGUUGGUCGACGAAUAACUUUAUGUACAGCUAUGCUGUUGGGAGGAACAGCCUGUGUUUUAAUUCAAUUUAUACCAGUAAAGUAUGUUACAGUUAUAACUGGACUUGCCCUUUGUGGCAAAUUAAGCAUUUCUGCAAGUUUUUCUGUUGCUUAUGUGCAUAGUGCUGAAAUUUUUCCCACCAUUAUUCGGAACUCGGCUGUUGGCAUUGUUUCUGUUGCUGCAAGGGUUGGUGGCAUAGUUGCUCCCUUCAUCCUUAUGCUGGGUGACUUCAUUCCAAAUAUGCAAUUUACCGUCUUUGGCUUAAUGACAUUCUUAGCGGGAGUCCUGAACCUGAAGCUGCCCGAAACAUUGGGGCAACCAAUGCCUGAAAACAUAGCAGAUGUCAUAGCAUUCCGUAACAAUGAGAAGGUAGUGAAGUCAGGUAAGAAGUACCAGAAACUGAACAUGGUCGAUGAAGAGGUGGGGGCUGAGACUGUAAGGCCUCGCACCCCUACCAAGAAGGGGGAAGUUAGAGAAGACCAAGAACCCCUUCUGGAAGAGUAACAGCUUAAUGGUCUUGGAUGUUUUUGACGAAAUUUGCGUCACCUGUACAGAUAUGAAAGAAAGGUUGUUCAGAGUUUAUAGAGCUUUUCACUUCUUGUACUUGUUGUUCUUCAUCAUCUGAUUAUUAUUAUUAUUAUUAUUUUUAUUUUCAUUAUUGGAAUUAUCAUUAUCAUCACCAAUAUCAUCAUUAUCACUGUUAUGUUAUCACUAAUUAUUGUUAU